AGCCUCCGCCCAGGAGGCGGGGCGAAAGCGGCAGCGGCAGCCGCGGGCCCGGAGAGGCGCGUGGAAAAGCCGUUACUCCUCGGUUCGCUCCCGAAGCAAGAAAAGGGCGGGAUUUGCGGAAGUGGCUAGUGGGGCUGCGGAAGGUGGGCUCGGGGUUGGCGGCCAGAGGAUAAGGCGCAUGCGCCACCUCUGUCAGUCUGCCCUUCUGGGAAGAGAACGGGGGUGGGUGGGUGUGUGUGUCUGAAUAGCGAACGAAGCCGACGGGCACAAAGCCGGCGCCCAGGCCGCAGUCUGCAAGGUUCCCCGGGAGAUUUGAACCCAAGACCUCGGCCUCGAAACAGCACGGGGAAGGCCGAGAGAGCUUUGGACAGAAAGAGGGAGGGCUGGGAGGUCCAACAAGCGGGGCGGGAGUGUGGAGAGAAAAGAGCGCCCCGGGGAAGCCCGGCCGCCCCCAGGCGAGGAGAAGCCGGAGAGUUCGCGCAGCCCGCAGACUGCACGGGGGCGCCCGUUUGAAGGCCGCAGGGAUGGCGGGGGACCGUCGAGAGAAUUGCCACCGGGAGCUCGGGGUGGGGCUGCCUCGGCCCGGCUGCACAGGAGAAAGUGGACUCCCUGGCCCGGGAAGGGGCCUCGGGGAGGGCUGGCUCUGGCUCGUGGGCGGCCGCAGUCCUCCGUUCCGCUCGCAUCCACAAUUCCCGACCGCCAAGCCUGUCCGAGCACUUGAGGCCAGGCGUGCCAGUGGGACUCAGUUUAUCUCCGCCCGCUCGGAACCCGGGGCGGGAACACACGGUAUCGGGACGGAUGGAGACAGUGGGCGGGCCGUGUGAGGAGGGGCUGCCGGCAAGCGGGAGGUGGGGAGGAGGAGUGAAGAGGGUCGGGGCCAGAUCCCGCUGGGCUCCGAGCGCACCCUGGUGGCCGCUGCUGAGAUUGCACCUGGCUUCCCCCUUGCUCUGGGAAUGCGCGUGGCUCCGCGGGAGGGCGCACCUCCACCCCGCCCGUCAGCUACCCAGAAGGGAAAGGAGUCUGGAAAUCGGGGGCCACAGCGGCAGCUCUGUCGGCCCGAGGGAGGCAGCGAGGAGCCGCCGCACAUCAAAGCCAACCUCAAACCCUCCGCCACAGCGCUGCGCCCUCCUCAGCUUCCCUCGGCUCUCGGACAGGGCAGGAAAAGGCGAACCAGCCAGUUCGACGGUGCGCGCUGCUAGGGCCAAGGGCUCCGGGCCUUGAUCUCCUGCUGGGCUUCGGGGGGUGCCGGGGCUGGCUCAGUGGCUAGAGAGCCUGGCUUCCGAUCUGGCCUCAGAGAUUCCUAGCUGUGUGACCCUGGGCAAGUCACUUAACCCCUUACUGCGGCUCCCCCGGAUUCAGCAGCCAUUCUAAGGCAGAAGACUUGGGAGCCCCCUCAGCGGUCCAGGGAGCAGCCACUUUCCUCUGCCCCCCUGGGGCUCGUCGGGGGAAUAUGCUUGUGAGGGGGGAGCUCAUUGGCCAAGACCCCCAGGGGCCUCCUGGGAAGAGCAGGCUGGAGCUGCAGGAGAGGCGCCCCUUCGUGGGGGCUGGGAAGUCUCCCCCCCCUUCUCCUGGGGGAAAGCUGGAGAGGGGGAGGUAGGGCUUUGGGAGGGGCUCCCAAGGGGAACCGGGAGGAGAGUUUCCUCCAGGGAAGUCCCCCCCCCAUCAAAGACGUGUGUGUGUGGGAAGGGGACGCUCUUGGGGAGAGGCCGAGAGGGGCGCAAAGCCGUUAGUCAGGAAGCCGUGCUGGGGACGCCCGGGAGGUCUCUCGACCGUCUGGGCAGAGGUGGUCCCGCCCCGCGGCCUCUUUCCGAGGAUGGUGUGGUUUGUGGCUCCGGGCGGCCCCCCGCGCUCCAGCGCCAGCCUGUCAUUUGCCAUUCUACCCAGAGGCCCGCGGGGCUCGGCCGGGCCUUAUAAAGGGCCGGGCAGCCCCCCUCCCCGGAGCUGCGUCGCCUGAGCUCGUCGGGGAGAUACGGGACUCGAACCCAUGGACACGUCGUACCCCCGCGGGGAGCCUCUGCCCAUGACGCCUCGCGGCCCUGAGCCCGGCGCGGCCACCGUGAUCCCUGUGGGCCCGCCGCGGCCCCCGAGGGACCACCUGGUCUGGUCCGUCUUCAACACCCUGUACCUGAACCUGUGCUGCCUGGGCUUCCUGGCCUUGGCCUAUUCCAUCAAGGCCCGGGACCAGAAGGUGGCCGGAGACCUGGAAGCGGCGCAGCGCCUCGGCUCCAAGGCCAAGUGCUACAACAUCCUGGCCACGGUGUGGACGCUGCUCCUGCCCCUGCUGCUCGUGGCGCUGGUGGUGACGGGAGCCCUGCACCUAUCCCGCCUGGCCCAGGGCUCCAUGAGCUACUUCAGCGUCAAGUUCCACGAUGCGGAUUAUGACUGAGCCGUCGGGGGACCCCGCCCCGCCCCCAAUCUCUCCCGAAAGACCCAGGCGUCCCCCUUCCUCCCCCCGCAGUCUCGGGCUGAAGGAGAGCCGCCCCUCUGCCUGAGGCUUCUCCUGGCAAGUGGCUCCCCUCCCUGCACCCUAACCUAACCUUCCAGGCUUCCCGCCUCCCGCCCCCAGCCGGCGUCUCGGCUCGGGGUCCGAGGGUCUAACACGCGGGCACGCCGCCCGGGGGUGGUGUAGACACUGGGGGCUCCCGCUGCGCUCCUUCCUGCUCCGUGCCGCUGACCACUGGGAGAGGGGCCCACGUAGCGUCCCUGCCCAGGCUGUGGUGGGCCGGGCCGCCCCUAAUUACAGGGUGGCACCUUCCCUACAGCCCGCCCAGCCGGGCUCAGCACCCCCCGCCCCCCACUCGGCUCUGUCCAACCCCUCUUCUGGGCGUGUCCCGGCCGGCAGCCGCCCUCUUCCACGCUGGGAUUCUGGAAGGCCCGAAUUGUGCCCCUCCCGCACACAGUAGGUGCUCAAUAAAGGACUGACCCACGGAAGGGACUCGA